UAGAUCGCGGCCUCUGGGAAGGAGGUGCUUAUUUAUUUAUUUAUUCCCGCGAGUAGCGUGCGUGUGUCCGGGAGCGGGGCAGGUCACCUGCAGCCCCAGGGGUGGUGCUCCUCCUCCUCCUCCUCCGAUCACACGUCGCCCCCCCCUCGCUCCACACCUUCAGCGAGCGGCGCGGGAAGAGUUAACGGCGGGCGCGGGGGGCCCCGGGAGGAGCUGCGCAAAGCAGGCGGAGGGGAGGCCGGGCAGAUUGCGGGCGCCGCUCCUCGCCUCCUCCGCGCUGCCGCCGCCGCCACUUUGGCCCAAAGCGACUCAGCCGUCGCCGCAGUCCCGCCCGGCUCUGCCGCUGCCAUGCCGCUGCCUCGCUCCGGCCCCGGGCAGCGCCUCUGCCCCGCGCGGCUGCCCGGCUCGCGCCCGCUCUGAGCCCACCAUCGGCCUCCGCGCCGCCGCUGCCGCCGUCGCCGCCGCUGCAGGAUGGUGCAGAAGUCGCGCAACGGGGGCGUGUAUCCGGGCAGCUCGGGCGAGAAGAAGGUGGGCUUCGUGGGGCUGGACCCCGGCGCCCCCGAGUCCUCCCGCGACGGGGCCCUGCUGAUCGCCGGCUCCGAGGGCGGCGGCGGCGGCGGCGGCAAACGCGGCUCGAUCCUCAGCAAGCCCCGCUCGGCCGUCAGCGGGAAGCCGCCCAAGAGGAACGCCUUCUACCGCAAGCUCCAGAAUUUCCUCUACAACGUGCUGGAGAGGCCCCGCGGCUGGGCGUUCAUCUACCACGCUUACGUUUUUCUGCUGGUUUUCUCCUGCUUAGUCCUCUCUGUCUUUUCCACCAUCGAUGACUACGAAGAGAGUUCUGAAUGGGCCCUUUACAGCCUGGAAAUUGUCACUAUUGUGGUCUUCGGAGUAGAGUACUUUGUGAGGAUCUGGGCAGCUGGCUGCUGUUGUCGGUACCGAGGCUGGAGAGGAAGAUUAAAAUUCGCCCGCAAGCCCUUUUGUGUGAUCGACAUCAUGGUGUUAAUUGCUUCCAUCGCUGUGCUGGCUGCUGGGUCACAGGGGAACGUUUUCGCCACCUCGGCUCUCAGAAGUUUGCGUUUCCUGCAGAUCCUGCGCAUGAUUCGAAUGGAUCGCAGAGGAGGCACCUGGAAGCUUCUGGGAUCGGUGGUGUACGCCCAUAGCAAGGAGUUGAUCACCGCUUGGUAUAUUGGAUUCCUGUGCCUAAUUUUAGCCUCCUUCCUGGUGUACUUGGCUGAGAAAGGAGAAAAUGACCAUUUUGAUACCUAUGCAGAUGCCCUUUGGUGGGGCCUGAUUACCCUGACCACCAUUGGCUACGGGGACAAGUAUCCGCAAACCUGGAAUGGGCGUCUCCUGGCAGCAACCUUCACUUUGAUUGGGGUUUCCUUUUUCGCUCUCCCCGCAGGAAUUCUAGGUUCCGGCUUUGCCCUGAAGGUUCAAGAGCAGCAUCGUCAGAAGCACUUUGAAAAAAGGAGGAAUCCUGCAGCUGGCCUAAUUCAGGCUGCCUGGAGGUUUUACGCCACUAACCUCACCCGAACCGAUUUGCACUCUACCUGGAAUUACUACGAACAAACUGUCACCGUUCCCAUGUACAGCUCACAAACGCAAACCUAUGGUGCCUCCAGGCUCAUUCCACCUUUGAAUCAGCUCGAGCUCCUGAGAAACCUGAAGAGCAAAUCAGGAUUAACUUUCAGGAAAGAACAGCAGCCAGAAUCAUCUCCAAGUCAAGCUACUUCGUGCAGAAAAACUUUUUGUGGAUGCUGCUCAGGAACCUCUAGUCAGAAGGUCAGCUUGAAAGAGCGUGUCUUCUCCAGCCCCCGAGGAACAACCACGAAAAGUAAAAGUUCUCCCCAGGGGCCAGGCGUCCGAAGAUCCCCCAGUGCAGACCAAAGCAUGGAAGAUAGCCCAAGUAAAGUCCCCAAGAGCUGGAGUUUUGGAGACCAGACUCGUGCCCGUCAAGCUUUCCGCAUCAAGGGAGCUGCGUCCCGUCAGAAUUCGGAAGAAGCAAGCCUCCCUGGAGAAGACAUGGCUGAUCCUGACAACAAGAGCUGCAACUGUGAAUUUUUGACAGAAGACCUUACACCGGGUCUUAAAGCCAGCAUCCGGGCAGUGUGCAUCAUGCGGUUCCUGGUUUCCAAGCGAAAAUUCAAGGAGAGCCUGCGACCAUACGACGUGAUGGACGUCAUUGAACAGUAUUCAGCAGGACAUCUGGACAUGCUUUCCCGGAUUAAAAAUCUUCAGUCCAGGAUAGAUAUGAUUGUGGGUCCCCCGCCCUCUUCAACUCCCCGGCAUAAGAAGUAUUCAGCCAAAGGAUCGCCCCAAUACUCGCCUAGAGUGGACCAGAUUGUUGGGCGUGGACCAUCACUGACAGACAAAGACCGCACCAAAGGCUCAGCUGAAGGAGAACUUCCAGAAGAUCCAAGUAUGAUGGGCAGACUUGGCAAGGUGGAAAAACAGGUUCUCUCCAUGGAGAAGAAGUUGGAUUUCUUGGUCAACAUCUACAUGCAACGGAUGGGGAUCCCUCCGACUGAAACAGAGGCCUAUUUUGGCUCUAAAGAGCCUGACCCAGCCCCACCUUAUCACAGUCCAGAGGACAGCCGGGAACACAUUGAUAAAAAUGGCUGCAUUAUCAAGAUCAUCCGCUCAACCAGUUCCAUGGGCCAGAAGAACUUCUCUGCCCCACCAGCCACAACGAUGCCAAACAACUCAUGUCCUCCCUCCACUUCUUGGCAGCACUAUCACCGUCCGAGCUACGGGUCAUCCCCAGUUGGUGAUCCCGGCUCCUUGGUGAGAAUCCCACCACCGCCGUCCCACGAGCGUUCCUUAUCUGCCUACAGCGGGGGCAACCGAGCCAGUUCCGAGUAUGCCAGGAACGAAGACGUGACUGCUAAACACCCCGAAAAUGCCCUGAGAGACAGUGACACGUCUAUUUCCAUCCCGUCGGUCGACCACGAGGAACUGGAGCGUUCCUUCAGCGGCUUUAGCAUUUCACAGUCCAAAGAAAAUUUGGACAUCCUGAACAAUGGUUGCUACACCGCAGUGGCCAAAAUCAGACCUUACAUUGCGGAAGGCGAGUCAGACACAGAUUCUGACCUCUGCACACCCUGUGGCCCUCCGCCGAGAUCAGCAACAGGGGAGGGACCUUUCGGAGAUCUAGGCUGGUCAACCCCAAGACAGUGAAACCACGGAAAACCACCGGAAGAUAACGUCAAGAACAUGAGGUAGUCACCGCGUCUGCAUGUAGGACCUCUUCCGCAGACUGGAAGGUCAUGUUCUGGGACCCAGAAGUAGGGGGCACUUAAUCAUAGUUUACCUUGGGGGUGGGGGAAGAGACGGGGUACCUGUGACCUACAAAGAGCAAGAGAGUCCCGGAAUGCGUAACUUGGGAAGUCUUGCGAUGUCCAUGGUUUUAUCUUCGUGACUUUCUAAAUUGGAUAAGUGAAAUUCUUUUCACACGCUUGGGUAGAUAGCUACAACCCGUAGUAGCCUUCUCUACUACACAGGCAUUGUGUCAGGGCUUGGUUGUGUCAUGGGUAAAUAUCAGAUUUGAAUGAGAAGACGUUACGGCCCUGAGCUUUCGAAUCACACACAAAACCCACGCUGAUGUCUUAAAAAAAAUAAUGCUUUCGGAGAAGAAGAAACAUAUCGAUCAUAGGUGUUGAGGAAUGGUGGCUUAAUAAUAAUAAGAAUUACACAGCAGUUACGCAGUGGAGAUAUAAAACGGUUCAUGCCACAUGUCCAAAUGGCACGUCCAUGAAUUUUUAGUAGCAGAAAGGAAAACAGCAUGGAGGUUUUAGAUCGGGAUUAGGGCCAUAACUUGAAAGAAACAUGUUUGAAUUUAAAAAAAGACAGCAAAAUCUCAAAAGGACCUAGAAUCACAGGGUUGGACGGGACCUCAGAGAUCGUCUAGUCCAACCCCCUGCUCAAGGCAGGAGACUUUAUAUUAUCUCGGUCAAUGGUUGACCAGUCUAUUUCUGAAGCACGGCCGAUUUCAUUUGAGUUUGAUUUUGGUUGUUCAGUAAAAUGUUUGAAGGGUAGAGGCGUCACACCAGUUCUCGGUGUGCACACUCAGAGGUUUAGAUAGGUUUUUCCUGCUUAGGAUGCUGUGACCACUGCUAAGAUGGACAGCCAAGAAUGGGAGAACACUAAACUCUGCAUUUACAUAUAUCUAGGUUAAUAUCGAUCCAGUCUGGAAUGGCAGCUUCCUGCUUCGCACCUCCUUAUUAUGGGUCUCUGCGGGGGACGAGUGAUAUGUGUCAUCAUAGAAAUGGCACAAGUUGUGGACUUAGGCUGUGACAUUUGCGCAUCCUUUUGGUGAUGAUGUAAUGAGGUCCAGGUCAACCGUUUGCCCUCAUCCUGGCUUGCUACUGUCACUGUGACUCUUAUAGACAGGUUGGCAAGAUCAAAAGGAUGGAAGGAAAAGAACGUUUGUAGUAUCCUAUGGGAGGAAUCUGAGAAUAAGCUUCCAUCCUUGGAACACCUGGAACAGUUGCUGAAACAGAGCGCAUAAAUAAAAUCCCUGUAAGGCAGUGGUUCUCAACCUUUCUAAUGCCGCGACCCCAUAAUACAGUUCCCCAUGUUGUGGUGACCCCCAACUACUUAUGCAUCACUGGGUGCCAGGGGCGUGGCCAAAGAAAAGGGGGAAAAAAUGGCGGACAGCCUUGUUUGGCGACCCCCGUGAAAUGGUCGUUCGACCCCAAAUGGGGUCCCGACCCACAGGUUGAGAACCACUGCUGUAAGGUGAGAAGAAUUCUUAACAGUAGAACGAAGAAGCUGCUAACCAGGAGGUGGUAGGAAGGGAUGACCUCUGCAUUGCAUUGUGCCUCGUGGCUGUAACACAAUAUUUCUCCACCUUGGCUCCAUGAAGAUGCCUGGACUUCAACUCCCAGAAUUCCUCAGCCAUUGGGAAUUCUGGGCGUUGAAGUCCACACAUCUUUGGCUGCCCAAGGUUGAGAAACACUGCUCCACUUAAGAACACUUUUUUUCAUUCUUUCAGCACCUUCCAGAGCAGGAUGGAUGCUCUCUGGUUAAUAUUUGCUAGAUUUAGGGCUCCUUGCUCUGUUUUUGCCUGGAGGAUUACUUCUCAUGUUUUGGCCUCCAUUUAUCUGCUUGAAUAUAGCCCCGUUUUCCUUCUUGCUGGAGAGUUUCAAAGCCUGGUGUAGCUCCUGUAGGGAAUAAACAGAGAAAAAACGAGGUGUCCUCAACAUCCCUUCUAAAUAGGGUCAUCAUAGACAUGGAGACUGGAAGGUCCAUUCCUGUCAUCCCCUCGCUUAGAUUGACUUGAUCUUAGGUUGCAGUUUUAAAUCCAUUUUUCUUGAAACAGGAAACAGCUUGAUUCCAUGGGUUGCUUUUAUUUCUGUUGACUGCAAUGUAUGCAUGAUAACGAUUCACGAUGUGAAGUUGAAUAGUUACUUCACUCUGCCAGUAGACUUCCAAGGGUACCAUGGAAGUUUUAUCUAAAGGAUAUUUCUAAUCUCUUCUUUGAUGCCACAGCUAUUGCUGCAUGGAGUUUCAAAUAUUCUGGAAACCGAUUUAUUAAUUUCAAAAGGUUUGGGUCUGAAAGAUUCAGAGUGGGCAUUUAAUGGGUGGGAUCUACUUAAUCUUUAAUAUAACUCACAGUUGAGUGAUUUUGUUUUUUUAAAAAAAAA